GCACAUUUAUGAGGUCUUCGAUGACUUAAACAUUUAGACAGGAUAUUGUAUAUUUCUCAGGAACUAAAAAACCUGCGCAUAACAAUGAGAUUUCUCAUGGCAGCUAACAUGAACCUGAACUAAGAAGCACUAAUAUAAAGUGGAAUAUAACAGUUUAUUCACCAAAGAUGAAGUUAUUCUGUGUUCUCUGGAUCUGGAUUGGUCUGUCAGCUACUGAUGGGAGUAGUGUACAUGGAUAUAAAGGGAACUACAUCAAUAUUUCUUGUUCCCAUAGCUGGGCUUCAGACAACAAAAAGUUUUUCUGCAGAGAUCCAUGUAAUGACAAGAAUGAUAUUUUAGUAAACUCUGACAAGUCACCUAAAGGAAGAUACACACUGAAUGACUAUGGAAAAGGAGUCUUCAUUGUGACCAUCACUGAUCUAAAGGAGUCUGACUCUGGGGUUUACUGGUGUGGAGUGGAGAGAUCAAUUAAAAACACACAUCGUAAAGUCGAACUGACAGUAUCUAAAGAACAACCCAAAAUUCCAAAAACAGUGACACAUCCGCAAUCCUCAACAAAAAGUGUAAUCUCCAUCUCUUUAACACUUGAUGAUUUCUCCAGUUCUUCUACAGCAGAAUUUAAAUAUCCUGCUUAUUCAUCCAGACCUGCUUUUUAUGAGAAUGCUACACAAUCUGAUUAUCAGAUGUUCACUCCCGUCAUUCUGACUCUCGUGGUGAUUAUAUUUGCAGUAGUUCUCUGUUUAGUUUACAUGCGAAAGAGAAAAUCACACAAUUCUGAUGCUGAUGGGGAAAUGCAACACACCACGUAUGCCACAGAGACUGCUGGUGAUUAUGAGGAGAUCACAGAGACCCAGCAGCAGAUCAGUACACACUCCACUUAUUGUAAUGUGACUAAAACUCAUACAGCCAAUCAAAACCAAGAUCUCCCACCAUAUUCCCUCCUCUCAUUUCAGCCAAGCUGCACCAAACAAUCUCCAAAUGACAGUGCUGAUUAGGGCUGUGGAAAACAAGUUGACUGGUCAACUUUUCUGCGUUGUGGUCCUGUAUUAAAAAAAAAUCCAACCCAGGCUCAUUCUGAAACCGUACUCCUAAAUACAUUUUUGAAGAGCACCAAAUACGUCCCAGGAGGUACAUUUUUUGCAGUUUUUUGUUUUUGCGAAUCCACUAGAGGCCCCUGUGUAUGCUUUUUAAGAUGUCAAAUUUCUCUCAGGAGUGCCAUUCACAACAUCAGAGGCUGGUAUCUACUGACUGACUGACCGAUCAACUGACCCAGCCUCCUCCUUCCCUUAACCCAACCAAUAGUGUUUUAAAAAGCACUAAUUGACCCAUCCACCCACUUUCCCAAACACAAGCAACAGCAAUCCAGAAAAAGUCAAGCUUUCCUGAUUUUAACAAUUUUUCAGAUUUUACCAAAUUCUCACUGUUUAUUUUAUUUUCUGGCUUUUGUUUUUGUCUAACACGCUUUCUGGAACCGUUCUUUGCCAGACUCGAACCCGGUCAUCGCGGUAAGGGCUCGUUUCCACUAACUGGUACGGUACGGUAUGGGUCACCUUUGUCAAGCUUGCGUUUCCACUACCAAGGGUACCCUUUUGGUGGGCGUGGUGUACCACAGAAGUUUCAGUCGACGUCAUUCUCGCUCGAGGAAAUGUCUACAAUAAAGCUGUACAGGUCGCUCACAUAUCAUAUGAGAAGCACUUCUCACAAAACAGAUCUUUCAUACACAAAAAUACUUGUGUAGAAAUGUUUAUUACUAACUUUUCUAUGAACAUGAGUUGAUUAUAACUGCAGAUCAAUGACAGUGCGAAACAGCCUACUGUAACGUCUGUAAUUAUAUUAAAUAAAUAAAUAAAUGAACAUAUAUAAACACAUACAGCCCCUUACAGUCUCCGAUAUGUUACCAAUUACAGAAGAACUACACACAGCAGACAUUUCGUCCGUAUUUAGGUUAAAAAACAACAGAAAAUAUAGCAUACAGUGAGCGAAAACCUCUCAUCUGUGUCUGUAAUCUUCAGCAGCACAUGUAGCCUCUGUUAGAGAACAAUUCCAUCAUUCUGAGUUCAUAUUAGUCCAAAAGGGGAUAAUAACAAUAAUAGUUAAACAAGGCAGUGCUCCUUUUUUCCGGCUUCUCCUUUGUUUUUUCGCGCUUCACUCUCGUGUUUGUCAGUGUCUGACAGGAUCGGGUUUCAAAAGCACGUCAAUAAGCAAGUGCAGGUUAUUAUCAUCAGCUCAAGAAGUUUGUUAUUUCAGAUAUAGACGCGGACGCGAGCGCAAGCAAGAAAGCGAAACGGCUCGCGCCUCAGACUGACUCGUAAAAAACUACGGGGCACAGGGUAAAUCUGCUCUUUUUCUUGGCUUUGUGGCUGUUCAUCAUGAUGACGGCAAGGUUUGUUUGAGCCCAGGUCGACCAUGAGUCGUUAUUAUAUGCAUAUAUAAUUCUGCUGUAAUGUCUCGGCUCGUCGGCUGUGUGUUUCAAACAUGGCGGGUUUUUUGUUUUCAUUCUGGCUUGUUGCGUAAGCGAAUGACGCCUCUGUAAACCAAUAGCAUUCAGCUGCGCGUCUAGCUCCGCUUUUUGGUACCUUUUCUCGUGUUUGGUACCCUUUCGAAAAGGUGCUGAAAAAGUAGUACAGUACGGUACGGUUUGGUUCGGUACGCCUUUUGACAGUGGAAACGGCCAUAAAAGCGUACCAAACCGAACUGUACCGUACCACUCAGUGGAAACGGGCCAUAAACUCCACUUUAUGUCACAAGUCUGCCAACGUAAAUGGCGAGCUACUGAGCAAACUGGUAACAGUGGGACAGCUGUCCACACGGAGGUAAGCGGUCAGCUGGUAAGCGCAAAAAAGGAACAGCAUCAUACCGCCCCAUAGCAUUCAUUUUAAAGACAAAUUGCAGGCAUAUGUUCCUCUGGCUAUAUAAUUGAUGAUCUACAGAAAUUUAUACAGGGGUACAUUUUCAGAUUGAGCCUACAUUGAAAAUAAUCCCAUAACAUUAAUGUUACAAAUUACAUUUUUAAUUUACUGCAUUCAUUAUUUUGAUGUGUACAUAUUGUAGCAGAAAAACUGUAUAUUAUUUUACCCUACAGACGUUUUGUGUAGGCUAUAUCUAUCUAGCAUUUAACAACUAAGCUUUGUUUAUACCCUUGUUAUAUUACCAAUUAUGACAGAUAAUGCUAUAGUGUUUACACAGAUGCAAAGUGUUGUCUGUGUACAUGUCAUUUUCAGUAACAAAAGGCAAAUUUAAACAUGGACAAAAAAAUCAGUUGCCUUGAUGACUAACAAGAGUAACUUUGAAUAUGUUGACUUAUCAUUAUUUUUAUUUAAUAAUUGCAUUUCUACAAUUGUGUUUGUACUUUCUGGUUCAAAAUUGCAUACUAAUAGCAUCCAAUAAUGAUAGCAUGUUUGAUUUAUAAAAUUCUGAUGUACAUUUUUUUGGAGUGGCAGGGGACAAUCAGAGAUUCUGAUGAUUGUACGACCAAAAACCCAUUCAAGUACAGAAAUUCAGGAAGUGAACUCGCAAAAUGUAAAUUGUAAAUGUGGGACAAACUCUUAAACUUUCAAACUCUUCGAUAAAAAUACCAAUCCCACAGAGACUGUACUGUUUAAAGUGUUAAAAGUAAAAUGAAGAACAACAAAUACAUGUAACUAAUUCAACUUUCUUUGCAUUGUUCCUCUUAUUGCCCGUUACCUGGUCCUGUUCUGAUAUUUCUCUAAUGACAUCCUGUGCUGCAAUUUCAUUUAAAGUAUUAUUUGUAUAUUGGACAAUGCAUAUUUGUAUAUUUUAUACUACUCCUUGUUGAUUUUGUGUAAUCUCUGUGCACCCAGGGUCU